GGUGCAGGAAUAUGAGAGUGUAUGCAUUUUCAAGGCGGUCUUUCUGUUGCGAGAAAGAAAAAGAAAAAACACAGUAGAGUCUGACAGGAAAAACGAAUAGCUCGAGCCGCUGAUGAAGGCAUGGAAAUGCAAUUAAGUGACGGAAACUGAAAAAAAAAAAAACUGCGUGUUUUAAUGGAGGCUCGGGCGAAGGAAGAAAGGUGGAAUCACCUUCUCCGCGGCGUGUGAAGGAAGAGGGACCGGAGGGGGGGCGGGGGUGUGUGGACCUCGCUGGCGACGGGACCCGCACAAACCCCGGUCCUGCUCUACUCUCAGCAUCUUUUUUUUUUAAGGGGAGGACAAAAGGAAAAAAAAAAUAGAAGCAGAAGAAGACGAGGGGGAGAGAACCGCCAGAAAGGCCCGGGAUCGUGUCGCGUCGUGACGGGGGCCAUCCCUCCGCUUUGGCCGGCGCUGUUGUUCGGGUUUUACGAGGACUCCCGGCGGAGCAAGCGGACCCCCGGUCCUGUGGGGGUUUUCCUAACCACAGGCAGCGGCGGGGUCGCCAGCAACCAGCCAGCAGACAGCCAGCAACCUCCCCCUAGCUCCGGGGGCCUUGUCGCAGCCGCGCUCUCAGAGGUGUGACGACUUCUGGUCAGCAGCUCAUGGACGAUGAACUCGUCUGCAUGGAAAUACUCAAAGGAAACAGAAAAGAGGAGCUUGGAUUAAUGGAACCUGAAGUGGACUAAAUGGAUUACCCUUAUUUUGGAAAAUUGCUGUCAUGGAACUAUUUAAACUUAAAUGAUGGUUGAGAGAGAACAGCAAAGGUAAGACGGCUAAAUGCUGAAGAUGCAGGAUGGCACGAGGAGAAUCCUGAACACAAAGGAAGAACAUUAUUUAGAAGGGACCAAAUACUCCUACAGGCCUAAUGAAUGCACGUGUCUGAAAAAGCAUUUCUCUCUGCACCCAAGAGCCUGUGAGGACAUCCAUGGAGUGUUUGCCUCUCGGAGUAUUUGAGGGUCUACAUUCAAACCUCUUGAUUUUGUUCCUGGAGUUUUUGUCUCACACAGGUGUGAGUCAGGUCCAGAAAAAUCUCCACAUGUUGACGAACUGAAGGACUUCAGCAGCACAAAACAGUCUCAAUGGUGUAUUUUGAGAUUUGUUUUGUUUUUUUUUUUUGUUUUUUUAUGAAAUUGGAUCACAACUCAGCUUAGUCCUUAAAUAGCUCUGCUUGCUUAAGCUGAUAUCAAAGCGGAGUGCAUCCGUGUAAAGACAUUUAAGGUUGGAAGUCUCAAAUUGUGAUGUGGAAGUCAUCCACGAUAUCAUCGCAUUCUCGGUGCCAAACUGCUUCAGCUGCGUGUGAAUGGCUGCUCAUUUUUAAUCUGAAAAUUUCUUAAGCAGAAGUUUGCUUCAGUAUUUGUCUCUUUUUAAACAGCAUAUUUUUAAAACUCUCAUGCGAAAGGAAGCUUUGAAGAGGAAACAACCUACCAUCAUAUUGAAAAUGGAAGAUUUUUAAGAUUUUUGGGCCUUCUCGUCACCAUUUCAACCUCAUUGUCCACAAUUUCCAAAAAGUGAUAAUUUCUGAUGAUAUAUAUAUGAAUAUCUCUAUAUAUAUACAUACAUAUUUAUAUAUAUGUAUGUGUGUGUAUAUUCAUCUUCGUUGCCGUUUUAGUGGAUUUCAAAAGCAUUUCCUUGUUGACUGCUAAGCUGUGGGCUCUCUUUAUGGUUAGUGCCACAAGCCUUCCAGGCUUUGAUCUAAGACAUUCCCUGCUAUAGACACUGAAAGACUUUUCCGUUAUUGUUUUUUUUUCUUUCUUUCUUUAAAAAAAAAAACAACUUGGUUAAAAGAAAAAAAACAAUGCAGAAUUUCUCUAACAGUCCAGUUCCCCCCUCUGUCCCUCCUGGGUUUGGCGGGAGGCCUGUGGGGGGACCUCCAUAUCCCCCUCAGCCUGCAGAGCCGCAGAUCUCCCCAAGGAUGACGGAUGAUUAUGGCGGGUUGCAGCAGCAAAGUCUGCACAGAGGCCACCACCACCCCAGUCAGGCCAGCCACAUGCUCGCUUACAGUGCAAGAAACAGAGGAGCUGUGGAGCCGCCACCAACACAGGGUAACAUUCACAGUGGCACCAACAACCCCUAUCGGAAGGAGGCUAUGGAUUACUAUUUUUCAGUGGGUGGGAAGGACAGGCACAGAAGGGGAGGCAUGGGCUUUGGGGGAGCGUUUGGAUACCCCAGCAUUGAUGGACAUAUCUCUCAUCAGUACCGGCAUCCUGGAGCUAGCUCUGCAUCACCAGCUGGCCUGAUGUCGCCAUAUCCAGUAGACUAUGCCUCGAGUCCUGGUUCAGCUGGAGGUGCAGGAGCCUUCUCUCCUUCUCAUCAGUACAGUAUGAAUCAGAACCCUUCGUUGCAGUCAGUGGCAGGAGCUCAGAUGCAACACCGCCAGCACGGUCAGACCUUCCCAACGAUCCACCACGGACAGCAGCAUAGGAGCUAUCCACACUCUGGGCACAGACUGACCCCACAGUACCCGCAUUACUCUCCGCAAGGUGGAGCAUCCACGGGGUCGUCAGGAAUGUAUAGCCCCCCCCUGCAAAGAUAUCUCGAUGGAGCUGCUAGCACUGGGUUUGAUCCUAAAAUCAACAGUUCUCCCAGUGUCAACUCUACUUCAAACUCAAUCUCUAGUUCAGUUGCUGCUAACAAUGUGGGGUCGGUGGAGAAUGUUCAACAGAGUUACCAUGCUGCGAAUUAUCCUGGAUAUUCUCCACAUUCACUUCACAAGCAAGCCACACUACAGCACCGCAACUCGCAGCACAGCUUAGGGGUAGGUUAUGACAGCGCCCUCAAAAUACAGCAUCAGGGUCUGUCUCCGAGCCCUGCUUAUGCUAAGCAUCAUCACGCCUCCAAUCCCAGUAUACCUCAGCCAGCAUCUCAAGAUAUAGCUAAAUCCCCAAUGCAUCCUAAUGCUCAGCAAACUCAAAUUAACCAAAACUUCAGCCCUAUAUCUAACCCCUCGCCUGUUGCCUCUGCAGUUCCCUCCCCCAGUUGUAGCUCCUCUCCGUCCCCUCUGAUGGGUGUCUCAGAAGCACAUGGAAACCCCUCGGGUCAUGGUUCUUCGCAUCCUCCUACAUCAAACCCCCGUAGCAGCCAUGGUCAUGGUAGAUUACUGCAAACUAUGCCUCAGUUAAGUCCCACACCUAACUCAAAUAGCAGCAUCAGUAGUUCUGGUAGCAGUGGCAGUCAUAAAGCUCACAGCAUGAACUCAGUUGGGGGGAGCAGUCUUCAUCCAACGUGCCGCAGCAAAAUGGGUCAAGGUGCCGGAAUUGGAUCCCGAGAGGAAGGCUCUUCUGUUUAUUCCACUUCUUCACUUGACAAAAUGCAGGAUGCUGGCCUGAAUAGUCUUAAUGCCUUGAGUUCACAAGUAGCCAAUUUACCCAACACCAUUCAGCACAUGCUCCUCACUGACACAGUACUCUCACAAAAGAAGAAAGAUGGUGGGCAGAUGCCACAGACAGUACACGGUGUGCCUCCGUCACAGCCAAGGAGUCAAAGUGCAAGUACAACCUCAAGUACUAGCACAGUCAAAGAUGGAAGUGUCGUGGGGAUUGGUGAUGGUACCUGCCUGGAUGCAGGUGGUGAUGAAGAUUCUUCCUUAAUCUCGGUUGGAGGCUCAUCUGGGACCAAAAUGGAUCAGGAGGAGCAGUUAUCUGAAGGGGAACAUGGGAGAGUGAGGCAGAUGAGUGGUGCGAGCAGUGGGUCAGAAGCAACUGGUUUUAAUCAAGCCCAAACACAGAUGGGAGAAGCCACAAAUGUUAAAACAGGCAACUCGGAUUCAUCCUCAAAAGAAGUAGUUGUCACAGAAUCAAAAACAAAUGAAGCUCACAUUCCUUCUUCAUCAUCAUCAUCAUCAUCUCCAGCUUUUGGAUGUCAGUCAUCAGAGGCGGGUCGUACUUUACACACAACGCCUCGUGUCCCCUCAUCCUCAUCCUCCAGCAUUCCUCCCCCCCAAACAAAUUGUGUCCCAGAAACUAUUUCGACAUAUUCUGACCACAGAGGUGACGAAAUUAAAAAUGAGAACGAUGCUGCAGUUGAGAAAACACAGAGGAUCGGUAGUCGAAUACAACAAGAUGGAGAAGUCAAAAAACAAAAUGGCCAGGAAAAGGAGAAUAGAUUUCAAUCUGCAUCCAAAUCGCAUAAGAAGGAAGAAAAACACGCAUCGGAAGAGCAGCAGAAUGCCAGUAGUGUUGGUGUGAUUGUUUCAAUCCGCUCUGAGGGAAGUCACACGGACAAAAGUAAGCCCCCCCAAGACAAUUGCAUAGAAGAGAAACAGCCACACUCUUACUUAAGGGAGUCAGGAAGCCAUAAUGGAGAGGAGGGUAUAGAUCUGAGUAUGUAUUCCUCCCAUCACCAGAAAUCAAACUGUGGAAAGUCUCAAAAUAUUCCACAGUCUGGUUUGCAUAAAUAUGCCUAUCCAGAAUCAACAUAUGGCUCAGAUUUGUCCAUGAAGAACAGAGUGAGAGCAGGCCCAGUAGGUGUAAUGGAUUCAAGUCCCAAACAUUCAGGAUACCAACAAUCACAAGGCAGUUAUGGCCCUGUGCAUCCAAAAGAUGCUGGUUCUGUAGCCGAGUCUUUGGCAAAGAGAGGGCAUGUACCCGGAUCUAAAGGUCAAGAGGAGAAUUCACAGAUGCAACAAUGCCCGAGUCUUCUGCAAGAGGUUCUUCAAGGUUACAAUUUAGAUAGACGUUAUUAUAGACCAGAACAGACAUAUCCUGCGCAUCAUCCAAGUCAACAACAGUUCUCAUCCAGGCAUCCAUUUGGUAUGACUGAGUCUGCGAAAAUGCAAGGUGGAGUACCUGAGGGUUUGACUCAUUCUGCCCAAGUGGGUUUCUCUGGAAAGCCACAGAACCAGAGGCAUGGAGGUGAGCCUGAUUUCACAGCAGAGUCUCACUCCUCAGUAAAGCCGGAGGCAUCCAAUGCUAAGAUUAAUCAAAGUUCUGAAAAAAAUGAAGUGGGUCCAUCCCAGAGCCAGUUAACACAGGCUGCGGAGUCUCAGCAACCCCAGUCAAAACAUAUCAACCUAGCUGAUUAUUCUCUGCCGCAGAGAAAAGUGCUCUCCAGUUUAUCCACUCCAUCCUCUGCUGUGCAGGAGCUUCUUUUGCAAGAGCCGGAACCGUUAGCUGGAACUAUUGGUCAAAGCGAACCUCAGAAAUCAUUAGGCUCCAUGUUAGCCCCCUCAGAACGGCGCUCCGUUAUCUGUGAUGUAUCUCCAAACCAACACAGUACGCCAGAGAGGGACAGGGAGGUUGAUAGGGAGCGGGAGAGAAAUCAGAGUGGGGCCUCUGUGAUUCAGCAGCAAUUUUCCUCUCCAGCAGCGGCUAAUGAUCUAAGUAAAAAGGAUCCUGGAGAGAAACAAGUGGUGAAAAUGGAAAUGGCACCCAAAGAGGCUGUGACAGAUGCUGUAAAUUUACAAACUGAGCAUCGUGGCAGUGGUGCUGUUAAAGACGCCGACAUGGAGUAUAAGUCCAAGUCACUCCAUCCAUCAGCUGACCCCUAUAGGCGAGGCGGUAUUGAUGUCACUUCGAUGCCCUCUCAUCCUAUGAACACGAAUCCUUUGACUUCACCGUCGAGACAUCCGUCAUAUCUACAUGGUGUUGACCUGUCAACGGGUGGUGGCAGUACUUUUUCUGGAUUUCGAUACAGUGAUUCGCGAGAAGGUAGCAUGAGGUCCCUUAGUAGUCCACAUUUUCCAUCUCAUCAUCCGUACCACCAUUUAACCCCUCAGUCUCAAACCGCAAACAAGCUUCAGAUGUAUUUGCACCCGCGUGGCCUCCCUCAUCAUCUCCACGAAAUGAGUGACUGGGUGAAAGCAAUGAACAGGCCACCAAAGGAUAUCCUCAUGCAGACAGGUGCCUCUCCUGGAAGACAUAAAGGUAGCCAGCAGGAGCACAGACAGCAGGAGAUCUCCCAAACGGACAUGCCCAGUGAGCAGCAUACAAGCAACACUUCACUCCAUCAUCAAAGCACUUACUUUGAUAUGAAAAUGUGGGAGUCAGCACAUUCUGGACGAGAGGGUGCUCGGAUGAUGGAGGGAGACUCUUAUUAUAGACCGCAAGCUCCUCCCCCUCAGCAACAUCCCCUUCCUUCCCCUGUAGUUUCACAUGGCCAUGUUCCUCCACAAAUAUCUCAUAGCCAAAAAGCUGCAGAUGCAGAGGUCAUAAGGGGGGUCAAAGAGGAAGCCAAGCACCCCUGCCCACCUCCUCCACCCAGCUCUAAUAAGCCUCGCGCUGACACGAACUCCACUCAGCCACAGGUAAAGACUAAAGCUGGGGGUUCUGGAGACACAAAUCCGCUAAUAUUAAGGAGGAGAGUUCGCUCUUUCAUUUCUCCUAUCCCUGCCAAGAGACAAAUCCAGGAUGCAUCUCAGCAGAGAGCUGCCACUAAUUUGAAUCACUCCCCAGGGCUUCAGGCAGAGUCCAGCCAUCACAAUGACGAUGACUCAUCCAGUUCAGAUAUGCCAUGUCCCAGGCUCUCUUCCCCUCUGCCGGGAGAUAACACCUUUUCACAACCUCUGUCUCCAGCGGGUGGUAAUGCAAAAGCUUUCCUUCCCCGAAAAGGGAGGGGUUUGAAACUGGAGGCAAUAGUGCAGAAAAUCACUCCAAAUAUUAAGAAGCCAGCAGGCCAUGCUGAUGAUGACUCAAAUCAUUACACAGGCUUCUCACACUCUGAAAUAUCAACAUUUAAUGACUCACAGGACCAAGACUUAGCACAUUUCCCCAGGGUUGCACGAGUGGAUGAUAGUUACAUGGAUGAAAGUCACUCACUAAAUGACAUGCUUCCCUUCCGAGGAGUUGAUGACGCUGCGCCUGGUUAUGCAUGUGAUCCUCAUCAGACAUCCCAAGUCAUCAAACAAGAUUUUGACUUUGGAUUAGGGUCUGCUGUUGGCACAUCAUCUGGUGACAAGGAAGACUUUGCUUUGCUUGGGCCUUUACCUCCUCCCCCUCCACUUCCUCGCCCUGUCCAGGGUUCCCCGCCUCCAUCUUCAUCUGCCCUAUCAGACAUUCAGCAUUUCACAAACACAUACCAGCAGCUUGAAACACGAAGGGGAGAGCAGUCUGCUGCAACCCUGCUUCGACAGAAACUUCAGGAAUCUGGCAUGGGAUUUGACGAUUACCCUGGUAGUGACUACUAUGGGACCACCUCACCCCACCAAGGACACAUGCUGAACAGACAUCACAUCUCUUCUCGGAGGUCCAGUCUGUCGCCGCAAGAUUCAAAGCCAAUUGAUAGUCUUGUGCCGAAAGGCUAUUUUCCUUCUGGCAAGAAAAAGGGCAGGCCCGUGGGGAGUGUGAAUAAACAAAAGCGGGCUCAGAGCCAAGGCCAAACACAGGCCCAGGCCCCGGCCCAAGUCCAGACACAGAACACAACUCUGAAUGCUCCUCAAGCCCCACCCAUUCCCACUCCAGCUCCUGCCACAACCCCACCAGCAAUAGAGAGUACCAGCAGCACACCAACUCCCUCAGCAGCCCCUCUGUUGGAAGAUCAAGACACUCCUCAGCUGGACCCACCUAUUUUAACCCAGGUGGUGGAAGCUGACGUAAAGAGUGAGAACACACAGCCGGAGAUUGAGGUGAAACCUGUGCGACGCAGACGCAGAGGUGUGAAAGAUGAAGAUGACCCACUGGCAGCCAGGGGACGACAAAGGAGGAGGAGGAGAGGGGCAGUAGCAUCAGUGCCAUCAAUGGCCAAAGAUGACACGGAUACACCUUUAGGGACAGCAGGAGGUCUCAGCACAAGUAGACAGGUCCUGUUUGUUCCUCACAUACAUGUGGAGAAAAAAGUACCAGAGAUCGGGGCAGUGUGCACCAUAGUAAAUGCUGAGGAUGAGAAGAUGAAAGGAGAGCGAAGUGUAGUCGGAGGGAAAGCCAGCGGGAAUGGAAAUGAUUCCCUCCUGACCUCAGCACUUUCUUCUCAGUUAUCUAGAAGAGACAGAGAUUCGGAGAAAAGAGACAGCGACGAGGUGGAAACUAUACUUCAGUCAGGCAAAACACUUCCUUCGUCUGGCUAUGUUGUUUCAGGGCCUGUGAUUACAGAGACCAAUCAUUCUGGCCGGCUGCUAUGUUGUCUUUGUCAGAAAUGGGCAAAUUACAAACAUCUCGGAGAUCUUUACGGGCCUUACUAUCCAGCUGAGUAUGUCACAAAACUUCCCAAGAACCAGCCCCAGAUUAGACAAUGUCAGCCAACCGCAGGCACACAGAAACCCGGACCAAAUUCAGACGUGAGCUCAAACGCUUUGAGUGCCGUCCAAGACACACAAACACAGUAUACUCAGUUUUCCAGGCCCUCGACUGAGAGCGACUUUGCCCUCAACCUAAAUUCAAACACAACAUCUCUUACCAGUACAGUCAGAACUGCCUCCCCACCCAAGACGGAGGAGAUGAUGAUGAUGCAUGUGAGGAGCAAGUCCCCUAACACUGCUUCAUCUUCCUCCUCCUCCACCACCACCAUAAAAGCAUCUCUGUCCUGGGAUGUGAGUGAAGAUACUCCACCUAUCCCCGAGCUGAAAAAAGAGGCAGAUAUCGAAACUGAACAGCCGCAAGCGCAGAAACAGGUUCAGCAGCCGACAGAUGAAACUCAGCAGCGGCCGCAACACAGAAAGUUGACAUCACAUCCACGUUUUAAAAGGAGACACAAGUCCACUGAGGAUUCCCCCAGAAUGGUACCAUCAAACAGUAAGGCUUCCCUGCCCUUCCAGCCCCCGCCACCAGCCUUGGACUCCCUGGGACCCUUGGCACAACUCGCGCAGCUGCCUCAGAUGCCCAUGGACCCUGAGGAGCUGUGGGUGCACGAAGGAUGUAUAGUGUGGACGAGUGGAGUGUACCUUGUCAAUGGGAGACUGUAUGGGCUGCAGGAGGCACUAGAUGGCGCCAGAGAAACAAGCUGCUCAUACUGCGAGAUGGUUGGCUCGACCCUGGGCUGCUACAGUAAAGGCUGCACACUUCGUUACCACUACUUAUGUGCUAUUGAAGCAGAUUGUUCUCUAAACGAGGAUAACUUCUCACUAAGAUGUCCGAAGCACAAGGUAAAGAAAGAGAGUUUACCCAAAGCAUCCGGCCAGCCAAAUCAGUGUACCUGGAGCAGUCAGAGAGAGGCUGAGAAAGCCACAGAGAAGGAAGAAACCCAGGAGGCUGGGAGUUGCUAACUUGGACAAUGGGAGACUGAGAAAUGUGAACCGACUGGACCGGCGUUUUUGCAGGAGAACAGCUAAAGGGAAUGUAGAGUUUCUCAACAGGAUUCAGCAUUAUUUACAUUUAAGACAAUGGGGAGAAUACAUUUUGUAAUGAAUCAUUGCUCUUUGUCUAAAAGCAGAGAAAAAAAGAGAAAAAAAAUACAGAGGAACAGAGAUACAAGAAAGAGACUUUGAUCAAAGCGGCACGAAACGACACGUCACGGUUGACGGAGGACUCGAAGGAACUUUGCUGCAAAGAACAAAACAAACAGAUUUCCUCUCUAGGCUCACUUUGAUUUUCCAGAGAACCAAAAGUGUUCAAUUCAUUUAUCAUCGUCUGCAUUAUCGUCUUCUUUUUUUUUCGUUUUGUUUUGUUUUUUUCUUGCAUUUGCUUUGAGGAUGUGUUUUGGGAGCAAGUUGGGUAUCAAACCCAGUGGAGGCGAGGAGAACGUUUAGUUUCCUCUCAUACGUAGUAUUCUAUCUAAUGAUAUUAAGAUGGUCACAGUUAUUCUUUUACUUCUCAUUAUUAUUGUGUAUCCUCAUCAGUAUUUACUCAUGACAAUGAAAUGGAUGUAUCUCACAUUAUAUUUAGUCAACAUGAGUUUUUUUUUUUUUUAUUUUGUUUUGUUUUUUUUUUUGUUUUUUUGUUUAAAUCUCAUUCCUGGAGACGGAGGAGCCAGAUUGAUGUGAUGUCUGGAAUGUCAGGGUCAAGUUUGCCACAAAGACAUUAUUGCCUUGGAGAACGGACAUCUGUUGCCUUUUUAAAAAAAAAACUACAACAAAAAAAAAGAAAAGAAAAAAAAAAAGGUGUAUGACUGUAAAAUGAGUGCGUGUGAGAAAAAUGCUGAUAUCUGGGUCUUUGAUUCCAUUUUGGUCCUUUUGAAAAGUGUUCUUAUUUUUCAUCGCAGGGGUUUUUACGGUACAGAUAGUAUUCAUGAAAUAUCAGAUGGACAGUCUUAUUUUUCAAGUGCAAAAUCUUCAUAAUGUCCAGGAGAGACAGAGACUUACAAGAGGAGAUAAAACUACGGACUCGAUGCGUGUUCGCUGUCUUUAACCAUGCUGACAGAAGGAAUAUGAAGGACGAGACGCUGAGGAGCUGCCAUUGGUGUUAAACUGUUGUGUCCUUCAUGCAAAGUUACCUUUGUCUAACGUCACGCCGGUCCCUCGAACAGCGAUAGAACAUUUUUGAAGCUGUGCAGUGGAGAGGGUGUCAUGAAUGCCUGCGACCGGUUAAAUAUCCCGGCCGGAGCGUAGUGAGCUGAACCAAGUACUUCUGGAUGGUUUCCUUCUUCUGCAACAGCAGCAGUUUAAUUGAGAGAUGUUACAUCCAUUCAAAAGAAGCGUGACCAUCAGAUUUAAAAGUGACUCAUACAUGGUGUUGUCUUUAUCAUUUUUUAUUGUUAUUCUUGUAAAAAAGAAAAAAAAAGUCAAACUGAGAGGAGACAGUUACACUAUCAAAAACAUGCUGUAUUAGAAACUUGUCAAUAUGUAUAUGAAUUAUGAAUACACUUAAAAAUGCUUCAAGUA